AUGCCUGACUGGACGCGCCUGCCCCCAGAAAUCCGCCUGAUGGUCCUGGAAGAGCUGGUCAGGGCCGAGCAGAAGGAUGAUCAUAAAGUAUCGGGUUACGCCGUGGUCAGCCGCGAGUGGCAGGUGUUCUUCGAGCGCCACACGUUCAAGAAGCUCAAGCUGCACCAGGGCCACCUCGCAGAGCUCAAACGCAUCCUGCACAACACUUACCGCCUGCCAAUUACGGUCGAGGACUUGUGGUUUAACAUUCAGCUGCCAAGAUUCGGAUGCGAGUCCUGCCAGACCGAGGAGUCGGCGUUCGAGGAGUGGCAAAACAACGUCAUCUUCACCAAAGCGAUCUGGAAGCUGUUCAAGAUUCUGGGUUCGUGGAGCAGGCGCAGACCCCUGACGGAUGGCAAGCGCAUGACCCUGAGCCUGAGCGCGCGCUAG